AUGUCAAAAUUUGAACCUCCAACCAAUUCCCUUCCCUCAACCGCACUGCACUCCUUUUCAACCAGAAUUUCCAACCCUUCCUCUCCAAGCUCCUCACAAACACCUCCCCGUCAAUUACACCAACCCCAAACAGCCGCGCGCAAUUUCUGCACGCCAUUACAACCAGAGAACCCUAUUUUUUUCUAAGUUCAGGGCCCGCGCCCAUGUUCCCCCCCCUUUCUGGCACAAUUAAGCAACGCGAUAUGCGGAUGGGCCUUUAGGAGCCCUCCUGAGUGCUCCUGAGUAACGCCAGCAGUCACGAUAUUUAGCUAGGAGGGCUCCCACUCUCUCCCUCUCUCAAGCGGUCCUGCUCAUGACGAUGUACAUAAAAAUGUCGAGAUGCGAAGUAUUAUGGUGAUGGUGGUGAAGCCCUUACCCGUCCUAGUAUGUGUUCAGUUUAGGAGCAAGCGGCAUAUGAUGAACCUAAUCUGAAACAAUUCUCCGGUUGGCCGAUCAAAGAUCUGAGGCCAACAGAACUAGCAAAGCAAGCCUAUGAACAACAUGUUCACUUGCUUGUGUCUCUCUUCUUCCGACCCACGCCACACAGGGAUCUCUCGUCCAACAGUAUCACUGGCUCCAUUCCCAGCAGCAUCACCUCGCUCACUCAACUCGUUUUUCUAAAUAUAGGCGGGAAUCUCUUGGAUGGAUCCAUUCCAGACUCUCUUGACUCGAUGGUCGUGUUGAUGAAUCUAAAUAUGAGUGGAAACCACUUGAAAGGGUCCAUUCCAACUACUCUUGGCAGCAUGGGCAGCUUGAAGUUUCUGUACAUGAAUGAUAACCAGCUCACUGGGAGCAUUCCGGGCUUCAUCAACCCAAUGAAUCUGACUGAACUGUACGUACAUGUCUGUAUUUUGUUAUUCCACAAGCACGAUCUCAAAGGACGUCAUGCAAGUGCAUUGUUACAAGUGAAACAGCAGUCAUAACUUGGAGACUGAGAGCACCUGGCAUACAUGCAUACACACACACACGCACACACGCAUGCAUGCAUGCAUUCCUUUGUAGUGUCCACAAGUAAGGACGAACGGUUAUCAGGUUUGAGUACUAUUGCAAGCUAAGUCUUGUCAGGAACAACAUGCUCAUCAGUGUAUCAUUCAAUCUGCCGCACGUACGAGCAUGUAAUUAAUGUAUAAUCGCUGGUGUACAUUAUGUGCACGUCGAAAUGGCCAUAUGUCAUAGCAAAUGCUCCGAGAAGAUGCUGGAACUGGUUGCCUUUUGGCCCUUGAGUGCAGGCUCCUCAUAUUCGACUGGGCGUUGUCAGCUUUGCCACGAUGUCAAGAUUGUAAUGUUGUAUAUUGUCCUUAUUGCACGCUGUGCUUCCUCCUACUGGUUAUACUCUUUCUCUCGCUACAUAUGGUCGUUGUUCUUCUCCUGUCCAUCAGGGUGUUGAGUGGGAAUCAGCUGAGCGGCCUCAUCCCCCCUCUAUUCAUUCCUGCGAACAGCUUCAACGUCUGUGGCUCGACAACAAUUCGCUGAGCGGGAUCCUUCCAUACUCUCUUGAGGUCAUGUCUCAGCUUACCUCCUUGAGAAUCAAUGACACGAGCCUCAACGGAACGUUGCCAACGUUUCUUGGGAGUUUCAGUUCCCUCGAUUCACUGUACGUGAAGCACUAGCCAUCCACCACAUGGUCCGCACCGCCCAUGGCAUGGAGCUAUGCAUGGUGGGUGCAGAGCAUGUUUGCUACAAAUCGUAGGUGAUUUUUGAGUCGACUCAAAAAGCAUGUUUGCUACAAAUCGGAAACAGCAUCUGAGGCUCUUCAAACUGACCAAAUCUUUGUGGCAAAGUGUGCUGGGAGAUGUUGAAGAUGGUAGGUAGGUAUGGCUACGGGUAGGAGCACAUCGCAAAAAUAUUGUGUGCAAAAUGUGUCUGAAAAGUGUCUAGACUAACACAAACCGGUCACUUUUCAAAGCACCCUGCAGUGUCUCUGUUGGGUCUUGGUGUGUCACACAGAACGAACACAAAUUGAACACUUUUUCUGGAUCCGAAAUGUGUCCGAAAUGACUCUUGCCUGAAUAACAUUUCUACAUUGCCCGUUCAUUCGCUACACCAUUCAAUACACGCAAAAUGUUCAUGAAACUCUUACUUAUAAGCAAUGUUAUUACAAACCAAGGCGUACGAAAAAUACAAUUACAACAAAGCGGCUAACUACUAGUGCAGAAGCACAAAGAGCUCAUUUGUCAGCCAUAUUAUGCCAAUGCCAAGGGCUUCAAACAACAUCACCUGCGUGCAAAACAGAAGUACGUGACAUUAGGCCAAGGUGCAAAACGCCGAUUUUUUUUAACAAUCCCGUGUAGACAUGAGCAACGAGGCGAGCAACGAGACGAGGUGCAUUGGGAGGCAAAUAGGUCUGUAGGGCGACCAUUAGAGCCACUCCAAGCACGCCUGUUAAAAGCCAGCAAGCUCCGGGCCGGGAGGAAUGGG